CGCUUCCCUGCCGAUCUCAUUUGCGCCUCUUGUCUUCUUUCCUUGCUCGCCUGCAGCGUCUGCCCUCCCAAGGGAGCCAGCCUUCUCUCGCAAAAUGUUGGACGCCUUUGAGAUCUUGACGACCUCUGGCGUCGUCUUGUGGUCGAGGUCCUCCUCCAAAAUCGGCGCAGCCGCAGUCAACAGUUUGAUCAACGAUGUCUUCAUCGAAGAGAAAGUCCGCCCGACCGCAACCAGCUCAAACAAUCCCACGUACAGACACGACAAGUACACCUUGAAAUAUACACUGGUCAAGGAUCUGGGUCUGAUCUUCGUGGCCGUCUAUCAGUCUCUCCUUCACCUUACCUGGGUCGACAAGUUGCUCGAUGACAUCCGUACAAUCUUUGUCGAAGUCUACAGAGGUCAGCUGGAAGAACUCGACUACGCUGCUCUGAAAUAUCCCUUCGAUCCGUUCUUCGAUGAAGAGAUGCGCCGAUUGGAUGAAAGCACCGGCGGGGCCAUCACCAGGGAGCCGAGUCACGUUGAACUGCCGCUGGAAGAGAAGAAAACAAGCGCUGAAGGCGGGGACACUGGAGGACCACCACCGCCGGACGCACCGCAGCAGAUUAAGGCACAGCCUUUGGCUGUGCCAGGGAUCAGCGAGGAUUCUCUCCAGAAUACCCCUGUCCACUCACCCGAUACUUCUCGUCCGACGACUCCUUUGCCAGGCGUUGCGCCGCAUUUGUUGACGGAGAAUGGCAGGCCACAGAGUCGUGGCUCUCGUAGAGCAAGAAAGGCUGCUCACGCCGCUGCUUCUGCAAAUGUUUCUAGCGGAGACGAAGCCAGAAAGCACAAACCCGUCAAAACCAGCGCGAAGAAGGGCCGAGUUUGGGGGCCAGAUGGUAUUGCCGAUGUGGAAGAUGAUGUGAGACUCGACUACUCUGCUGGCGAUGUUGGCAACAAUGGAGAGACUGGGAUGCGGUCUCCGCCACCGGAAACCAUUUCACAAGAGAGCUGGGGAACGAAGAACAAGCAAGGCCAGUUUGUCCUUAAAGAUCUAGGCGAUGAAGUGAACCACAUCCUCAAAUCGGCAGACGCCAACAAAGGCGAGAUCAACGGGACUGGAAAAUCGACCUUUGGUGCAAUUUCAGGGUACUUCAGGAACAUUGUAGGCGGAAAGACGUUGACGAAAGAAGACCUUGAGAAACCUCUGAAGUCGAUGGAGGAACAUCUGAUCAAUAAGAACGUCGCUCGUGAUGCAGCUAUUCGAUUGUGUCAGGGGGUGGAGGCUGAAAUGGUCGGCAAGAAGACAGGAGCAUUCGAAUCAAUCGACGCAGCAUUGCGCCCAGCCCUAGAAAAUUCACUCAGAAAGAUUCUCACGCCAAGGUCAUCACUAGACCUCCUCCAACAAAUCGAGACCGUUGCGAAUCCAACCGGGGCAAAAGCGCAACCCCGUCCGUUCGUCAUCACCAUCCUGGGUGUGAACGGGGUUGGGAAGUCCACCAACCUAUCAAAACUCUGCUACUUCCUCCUGCAAAACAACUAUCGCGUCUUGAUCGCUGCAGGCGAUACAUUUAGGUCUGGUGCUGUGGAACAAUUGAACGUCCACGUGCGGAAUUUAAGGGAGCUCACCGCUCGUGAAGGACUCGGUGCAGUCAGCAUCUACGAACGAGGCUACGGCAAAGAUGCAGCCAACGUCGCCAGAGAUGCGGUAACCUUUGCAAAAGAGAACGACUAUCAAGUCGUGCUUAUUGACACGGCCGGACGAGCCCAUACCAACACACAACUCAUGGCCGCACUGGAGAAACUCGUCGACUUUGCGAAACCUGACUUGAUCCUUCAAGUCGCAGAGGCACUGGUAGGCAAUGAUUCGGUAGGCCAGGCGCAGAAUUUCACGAGAGCACUGGGUAAGAACCGUAAGCUCGAUGGAUUCAUUGUCUCGAAGGUUGACACGGUCGGAUCUGGAAUCGGGACUAUGAUCAGUCUCGUUCAUGCCACUUCGGUGCCAGUGCAAUUCAUUGGCGUCGGUCAGCAUUACGGCGAUCUGCGCCAGUUGUCAGUUCCUUGGGCGGUGAAUAUGUUGAUGAACUAAAUUCGGCCAUGACGGAGAUGACUGACGAAUGAAACGGUCCCUCUCCGACCGACACGAGAAACGGUAAACAAAGCUGAUGGAGAUGUGAGUCUUGCGCUGCUGCAGAUGCUGGGUGGCCAUGUGAGAGAACCGGAGCGAAGAAGCAGCCCUACCCUGGAUUCGAGGUAGGCCUUGACGAUCAGAUCAGCUUUAAGGGGCCAUUCAGAAGUGCCAUGCCAAGGGAAACGGACAGGAGACGGUAUGGUGUCUCGCUGAUCCUGCAGAUAGAUAAAAUCGAACCAACAAAAAUCGAUGGGAAACCGGUUCCCCUCCACGUUCUUGAAACUGCAUUCAUCCUUGGUCGGUCAUGUUUCUGUGAAGUUUCCGGAAACAAA